GUCGGCUGUUUGGGUGUUCCAAGGUGAAGAAAAGCCAACAAAAGUCAUCCGUUCUCGAAGUGGUUCGAAAAAGAUGGUCGCGACAUUUUUGUCAAAAGCGGGUCAUAUUGCAACAAUUCCUCUUAAUGAGCAAAGAACUGUUACUGCGGAUUGGUAUACCACCAUUUGUUUGCCAAAAGUCAUCACCGAGCUUCGAAAAAUCAACCCCGAAAGAAGAAUCAUCCUCCACCAAGACAAUGCAAGCUCGCACACAGCCCAAAAAACAAGGCAGUAUUUAACGGAAGAAAACGUAGAAUUAUUGGACCAUCCUCCAUAUAGUCCCGAUAUGUCCUAACGAUUUCUUUACUUUCCCGAAAAUUAAAAUCAGACUGCAUAUGUAAUAAUCUUCGAAAAACAAUAAAG